GUAAGUAACGUUGUCGUUGUCGAGGAAACAGAUCUUUUCUUGAUUAAUGCUCUCGAUACCGUAGCCGCUUACGAAAAUGCUAUUGUCAUACUCAGGUUGCCUUUGGUCCCUGUACCCGACACAGCUGUGGCGGGUAUGAUGAACUACCGAGUGUCUCAGGAGAAUGUUGUAAUUGUGGGUGUGUGCCAUCAAAGCAUCGAGGUGAUUAUCUUCUCUUUAAAUGUUCUCAAAACACAGCCAAAGUCUUAAAGUGUUAACGAUGCUGACAGUUUCGAUGACUGUCAGCCAUUUUUGUUAAAACUUGGAAAUCGUUAAAGGUGUCAGAAGCCUUAAAUAGGCUUCUGAAGGUGUUAAUUAUUGCGAUAAACGCGCCAAGUCACUCGGUAGACGCCCCCGCCCCUGGUUUGGGGGUGGAGAUCACUUGUGUCCAUAUGGGAGAAAGCUGAUAGGCUCCCUCGUCCCUGUUCAUAGUAGGAGUGUUCGAUCUAAUACAUAUGCUUUCCUAAAAUUAUCUUCUACAAUUGAAUUAAGACAACUGCACAAAUGUAAUUCUACAUCUCUUGUUUUAUUUUAUUUUUAAAAGCUGGUAUUAUUAAAGAGUAUAGUUACUUUUAUAAUUAAUUUGUUGUUUUUUUUUUUCAUAUAUAUUGGAUAAAUAGUGUAAUUGAUUAAAGGCAGCAUUGAUUAACAGCAGUAUCGUAGUGUAUCGUGUAUACUAAUCCCAUGUAUUAUUACGUUGUUCAGUGGUAGAAGUUUGUUAUUAAAAAGAAAAUACAAACUCAAAUAAAAUAGAGGGGAUGUAUGAAAGGCUGCGCGUAAAGGUAGCAAGGGACCCAUCUUUACAUGAACGCGCGACCUUUCAUACAUUGCCUCUGCUUUAUUUGCGCUCGUUAAAAAACGGAAUGUUGAGAGUUUUUGUAAGAAUGUCUCCUAUAAUGUGGUCAUUCUUCCAAAUCGGAUGCAAAUAUAGUACCAUAUAAAACACGAUAAAAGUUACGUUAGAAUAACCACACACUUUUUCUCUCCUCGACGCUUAUUUUUUUUUUUUUUUGUUCUGUUUGUCAUCAGCUAUCACGACGUCCAGCUCGCAGCCCCUAGAAAAACGUGGUACUGUGAAAGGUUUUACUUCCCAAAUUUAAUUUAAUUUAGGUCCAACGGUUGCGUGAAAGGCGGAUGUGGAAAAAAGGGCACGCGACAGUCCUGAAGAGGCAUUGUGGGUCAUUUUGAGACAUUUGAAAGAAUGGCACGAGAGGCAUUGAAACACCGGAAAUGAUCGAUUAAGCGCCGCAUCUUUACCGAGGAUAAUCCAUUAGGCGGUGCUGGGCGCGUUGAAUUUACUCUUGAACCGAGUUUUUAUAACAGUUCGAGGUUUACUUAUAGUAUAAUAAAUUAUGCAUUCCUAGUACUCGCUUCAUUUAAUUCUCUCUCGGUGUUUUACCCGUUGUUGAAAUAGCACCGCUGUCGUUUAAGGUAAAAUGAAGUAAGCGCCUGUUUGCGAAUGCUAAAGGAAUGCAGCAAUAAAACAUUCAACGGGUAACAGUGUCAGGAACAGCGUUUUGAUUAUAUCCCAUGAAACCUUUUUAAUUGUCGCUGGCACAUUUUGUCAGCGUUUGUCGAAGUAGUUGUAUAUACCUCACUUUACCCGUUGUAGCGUAUGCAGAGAAAUUUAUUAUGCACUGAUUUCUAUAUGUAUUUUUGAUUGUCGUAGCUGCCACUGGAACCCAGCUAUCGUCGUCUACUUCAACUCCCUCCACAACUUUCACAUUAGAAGGUAAUUCUAAUGUAAAUUGUUACUCCCAAUGUAAUACAGUUCAUUCAUUAUUGGAGAGGAUAGUAUAUUUCAGUAUAUUGCUUUGCUAUAGGAAUGAACCUAACAGGUGUCAAUAAAACAUAGUUAGCGGUCCAUGUUCUCCACACAGAUCAAUCAGAAAGGACCGAUGAGGAAGGAAGAAGAUGGAAGCACAUUCAGCAAUUGGCAAAAGCAAAGAGAAACGAGCAGCUUGAUGCGAAUCCACCAAAGCGACAAUGUCGCAAGCCGGGUGGUGGUCGUGGCGGACAAAGGCCAAAUUCCGGACGGAAAAAAAGCAUCCCUAAAGUGAGUUAUUGGGUUUGAAAAAGUUUAUCAACUUUCCCGUUAAUGAUGGUAGCGAGUGGAGUGGUCUAAUUGGCGACAAUGAAAAGACCAUGUGUGUGUUGUGUAGUGCGUUCCAUUUUUCAAAUUAUAUGUGGUUAGGCGUCCUCACGAGCUUUCAUCAGUUCAUGCUGCUGAAACAGAUAAGCAGGCCUGGACCUAUUUAUCCUUUCUUCCCUGCCGUUUUCGCCAAAUUUGAGGUAUGAUUGAGAUGUUCAUUUUGCCUCUGACAUGCUUUCAACCAAGAUUUGGCGUUCUGUAAUAUAACCAUUUUUAUUUUGAGGCGUCGAGAGUAAAAUUCUACACAAGUCUCUUUAAAAUGCUAAUUGGGGAAAUUAAAAUUUACCUUUACAGGAAAUAACAGCGACCCCUGUAAAACUUGUAUCCCGUCGUUUGGGCAAGUACCAGGCGAAUGGACCUAAAGAAUUUGUGAGUAGUCGAAAAAUGUUAGCCGGAUAUUAUUAUUGUUCGCUUUAUGGGCAUAAGGAAGCAUUUACUUGGAACAUUGUACAAAAGAUCCACACCGCGUAUAGUCAUCUCUAAUCAUUCAGCGUUUAAUUAUUAUACUAUACACUACUGGGUACAUAAUAAUUUCGUCAACCUUGUCAAAAGGAGACUAGUCUCCAAGCCGAGGUGCCCCUGAUAAAAUCAGGGUGAGCGGCUAAUCGGCAGUCGCUCCCGAUACCUCGACAAUCUGCGGCUUUGUACCACAGGAACACCAAGAUUAGGAUGUGUUCUGACGAACGCGAAUAAAAAACAUGUAGUCUCGAGUGCAUCUAUCGUGCACACACAAACAAAGUGAUAACGAUAGACAAGAUGACCGACUAACACAAUAGGUGCAUGGUAUGGACUGACUUGCGUUGUAAACCACUUUUGUGCCGUGUGAUAGCUUUUAAACAUAUAAAGGUAUUGAUCCGCACUUUGCAGGUAUCUUUGAGCGGUGUGGAAACUGGCACAUCUGAAGGGCUGACUCUCCAGACCCUGGAGAAUGUCAUGCUUGGGCACUUCUUGGGGCUUACAAGAGAGCAGGCUGUCGAUCGCUACCAGUUUUACAUCCUCAAGACGAUUCGGGGACCAAAACUGACUAUGGAUAGUCAUAUCACGGGGAAACAGUUCUAUUUCUACUGGAGAGCUGGAGUGGAAAUGGUAAAAAGGCGGUUGGCUUGCUAUAUUUUCCUUUUAUUCAAGUACUUUUCUAGGGAAAUCGAUCGAGAAAAGUGCGAGUUAUCCGUAGUUGAAAGCAACUGACCGUAAAUAACAACAACAACAACAACAAGUUUAUUCAGUAUUACCAUUUUGUACAGGUGUUACCGAUUAAAAUAACAAUAAUAAACAGCUAAGUUUAAGGAAAUACAGGUAUGAUGGAAUAGUAGAAUUAACUAUGUUUCUUUCGUCUUUCAAAUGCUUGAAAGAUGAAAUUAGCAGCUAGCCUGCUGAUAUGUGAAUCAGUAUUGUUAAAAAGAAAACAGACUUUAUCAUGGAUAUUGUAGUGUGUAAAUAAUGUAUUUCGGUCGUUGAUUUUAAUAAAAAGAGUCUUUCUCAAAUCAUUGUAUUGAUCACAGUGAAAUAAUAUGUGCAGUUCAUUUUCAACCGAAUUUUGGCUGCAAUGAUCACAGAUUCUAAGGUCUUCAGGAGUUUUGGGGAUUGUAAAUCUUCCAGUUUCUAUUUUUAAAUUAUGAUUUCCUAUCCUAAAUUUGGAAGCUACACGCCUAUGUUCAGGAUUCCGGAUAUGAUCGAUGAAUUCAGAGUGAUUUGUUUCAUUUUUAAAGAUGGAGUAGAAUUUUAGUUUUUUAUUUGUUCUGAUCAAAUUUAGCUGGUGGUUUUUCAGAUGUUUUGACAAAGUAUUCUCAGCUUUGGAUAGGAAAGUAGAAGGGUUUUUAAAGUUAACUGACUGUUUGUGAAUAUUAAGUUGUGUACUCAAAAGAUUUAUUUUAUUUAUUAGACCUGAUUUAUUUUCUUCGGCCAUUUUAUCCGAUAUGUUUAAGCAGAGUUUAGCGAUGCUGUCAGGGGGUUGAUUUUCAAGGUGAAUCCAAAAUUUGAAAAUGUUCAUUGUUAUUUGUAAAUUUAGAGAUAAUCUACCAAGCUCAUUUCUCGAUGCAACAUUCGGUGAACGUUUGUCUAAACCUAAACACAUCUUACAAAAAUGUAUAUGCGUUUUCUCAAUCAAGUCUUUAUCCCAGCGGCUAUAAUCACUUUUAUCAUAGAUUCCCCAAACCUCAGAGCAAUACGUUAAAAUUGGGAAAAAUAGUGUAUUGAACAGUUUGUUGAUGAUGUGAAUUGGUAAUUUUAGAAAAUCUAGAUAACGACGAGCGGCAAAAAAGGAUCUCUUUGUUUUUUCUGUUAAGUUUUCCUUGUGAUUUGUAAAAUUUCCAUUGGCUGAAAAUUUCACUCCAAGAUAGGUAUAGUUAUUGACGAUUUCAAUGUUUUCAUUGCUAACCAUAAAAUUGUGUUUAUCUAUUGCUGAUUUUCUACUUUUCUUUUGAAAUACAAUAACUUUGGUUUUAGUUGGAUUAAUCUUAAGAAGCCAAUCCUGACAAUAUUUUGAUAGUCUGUCAAGACUUUGUUGCAAACCUUCUGCCGAGGUAGAUAUUAGAAGUAAGUCAUCGCCAUAAAGUAGACAGUUGAAGUGAGAACCAUCUGGUAGUAAGAUAGAAUCUUUAGCAUUGUUAUUUAGAAUGAGGGUAGUUCGUUUAGAUAAAGGUUAAAUAGAAGCGGCGACAGAAUACAGCCUUGUCGUACACCUUUAUCAUAGUUGAAAAAAAUUCUGAUCGAGUAUAAUUGUCUUUCACACAACAUAUUGAAUUUGAAUACAUGCUGGAAAUUAUUUUGUAAAAGGAGCCACCUAUGUUAUAUUUCAACAGUUUGUAUAGUAAACCUUGGUGCCAAAUUGAGUCAAAUGCCUUUUUAAAAUCAACAAAACAAGUAUAAAGUUUACCUCUGGGGGAGUGGGUAACAUGUUGGUCUAUUAAUGUUCUUAAACUAAAGAUAUGUUCGGACGCACGAUGUCCGGGCACAAAGCCAAUUUGGGAGCGAUGAAGUAUUUUAUGAUUGUUUGAAAAGUUUAAUAAUCUCGUAUUUAAAAUAGAACAAAAGACUUUGCCAAGACAACUAUUAAUGCAAAUACCUCGGUAAUUUGAAGGGUCAUCUUUGUUUCCAGAUUUAUGUAAGGCAGUGAUUAUUCCAUUACUCCAUGAUGUAGGAAAUGUUCCAGAUUGUAGAAUCAGAUUAAAAAGUUUCUCAAGUGGAUAUUUUAUAAAGCUUGAGCUUGUUUUAAUCAUUUCAUUGCGUAUUCCAUCAAGUCCAGCGGCCUUCUUGUUUUUUAGUUUUUUAAUUGCUUUAUCAAUCUCUUCAAUGGAUAUUGGGUUGUCUAAUUCCGAUUGUAAAUGGUUGCUGUCCUCCAAACGCUUUUUAUCGUUUAACAUGUGUAUUUGAAAUGCCGAUAAUGUAUUAGGAUCAGGUGCUGAGUGUAGCAUUUUAAAAUGAUCAUAAAGUUUAUUGGUCGGGUUUUCGUUAUUAUUAUAAGACAAGAUGUUUUCGUUCAUUGACUUUAGAGUAUCCCAAAAUUUGCGGUUAUUUUCGUUACUAAUCAGCUCAUUUAUUUUAGAGUCAACAAAUUGUUGUUUUUUUUUUUUUUUAUAAGUUUUUAAAGGUUUUAUUUUGAACAUGAUAUUCUUUUCUGAGUUCGGUAUCCAGAGGAUUGCGGUGUUUUUUGUUAGAUAACUUUUUAAGUGAAGAUCUUAACGUUUUGCAAUCAUAAUCAAACCACUUCUUAGUAAUUGGCUUUCUUUUAGAUUUCUUUUGGCUACUUAAUUUGAGUGAACGUUUUGCGGCCUCAGUCAUAAUGUUUGUGAAUUGAUUGGUAGCAUUUUCAACAUCUGUACUGCUUAAAUCGAAGUUUGUACUUUCGAAGAGAUGUAAUAAAGACAGAACAGCGUCGGAACGAAAGGCAGUAGUGAAUUUUGCUGCAGACGUUUCGUCCCAGACAUACUGUUGUGGAAGCUUAACGUUGUUUCUCUCUUGAAAACUGUUAUUAUUAUUUGAGAGGUCUGCACCAGUUUUGAUCCAGCAGACAAUUUGAGAGUGAUCUGAAAAUAUGUUUGGUUGCUUUACGGCGAAACCUUGAACCGAAGUGAACAGGUCAUGGCUAACGAUAAUAUAAUCUACAGUACUUAUUCCAUUAAUAGAGUGAAAUGUGAAUUUUCCUAGGGUAUCUCCCUUCGAUCGGCCGUUUAGAAUCCUUAGAUCACAGGUUUUACAAAGAUCAAGUAAUUGUUUUCCAUGAUCGUUGACAAUGUUAUCAAAGUUCUGUCUUUUAGUGAGAUUGGGUGGUGGAGGAAUGUCUCCGCCAGGUAUAAACUUGCCACUUUCAUCCGUGAUAAAAUCAUUUUCUUUUCCAGUUCUAGCAUUAAAGUCACCGGCUAACACAAUUAAACCUUUUCUGUGAAAUAAAGCUAUAUCUGUUUCAAUGUUGGAGAAUAAAUCUGGGCCAAAAUAUGGUGAGUCGUGGGGAGGAAUAUAGAGGGCACAUAGAUAAACAUCUUGUUCUAAAUUAAAAAACGUGUGAUUUAGUUUACACCAGAUAUAAUUAUUAUGUGAUUUAACAAAUGAAAUGCCACUUCGUAAAUAAUUCUUGUACCCUAGGACUAAAUCCCCUGAAAGUCUUCCAGUUUUCUUUUUGUAAGUUUUUUGGGCUGCGUUUGAAAAAGUGUUAAAGCCAGGAAUUUGCACGUCAUCUUUCAUCCAAGAUUCAGUUAAAAUUACAAUGUCAUGUUUAUUUAUAUGAUUGAUGAAUUCUUCAUUUGUUAAUUUGUUCCCAAAUCUUAAACGAUCAGUUAACCCAUGAACGUUCCAGCAGCUAAGACUAAGUAUUGAUUUACGACUUACACUUAAAGGCGAACGGCAACCGCUGAAACACAUUUCCAAAUCGGGGUAUCAUGACGGGGUGUACGCUCAAAAUAAGGGAGAUCAAAAAAAUAAAAUAAAAUAAAAUAAAAAUAGAAAUGAAAAUAAAAGAUAAAAAAAAAAAUUAAUAAUAAUAUAAUAUAGUAAAAUAAUAAUAGUAUAAUAUGUUGAUAUAUGUAAAAUAAAGUAAUUAACUAUAAAUACCUUAAUUUUGACGCAUUGUUUAAAUAAGGAAAUAGAUAAAUGGAAUGGGGCGGGAAAUGCAAGUAUCAUGCACACUUCACUUCAAGAGCAAUGACAACAACAACAAAACUUUAUUAAUAAACAAAUAAAAUUACAGAAGUAUUGCCGGUAGCUAGUAAGGCUUUUGGAGGCUGGAAAAGGAAAGUUUACAGUUUACAAAUAAAGAAAAUAAAAAUCGUAAUAUGAAGGAGGACUAGAUAGCAGACUAAAAAAACAAAAAAGAAUUGAACUACUUAGUGGUAAAAGUAGAAACUAAUAGGCAAGAAUUUAUUUUUCGACCUUUUUGGCUACUUUACCUUUUUAACUAAGGUGGGCGUAUCAAUAUAACCAGUUUGGUGCCGCGCUUGCCACAUGUCGUCAGUGACUGGAAUUUCUUCAGUUCAUUCUUUAGAUCUUGGAUUUCUUUUCGUAACGCUUGCUUUUCUUUCUUUAGUUUCUCAGUUCCGGUGAUAGUUGAGAAAAAGUUAUAAUGUUUAGAAGAAAUGUAAUAAGAAACCGGAGUGAUCGAGAAAAGGUCCGACCGUGAGUAGGUUUCCAGUACCAGUCUCCCAGAGCAGCAACAGAUAUAUUGAUGUUACCGACAAAGGAAUAAAGCAACAACGCUUUUUCAAUAUAAACUGGUAAUCUCGACUGUGUUGUUGACUAGCUAGGAUUCGAUUAAUAGUAAAAGUUUUUUGGCAAAACUAGGACAUCUUUAUGACAAUGUGCCGAGACACUAGACUCUUAAUUCAAUUUUAACUACAAACAGUUAAUAUUAUUGGAGACAAAGCAUGUGACAAAAAGUGUCAUUUGUUUCAGGAUUCAUCUGACGAGGAGGAAGCGAUGCGCGAUAGCCUGGAUCCACUUCCAGAGCUGGAAUCGGAGCCAGUAACAUCACUCUCGGCCUCAAAUACUGCUGCUACCAACGCACCUCUGAGAAGUGUACGCAGUCCAGCGCCGUCCGUAGUGCUGAGCAAGAAAGCGACAGAUCAGAGGCGCAGAGGUCAAUUGAGAGGUUUAGCCCUGGCAGUGCCAUCCUCGUUACCAGUCAGGCCAUCCGCUGUGAUCAACUUGGGAAAGUCGAUCGCACUACCGCCAGUCAGGCAAACUGGUAGGAAAAGCAAAAUUGUCGUAUUUGGAAAUGAUACUUAACAACCAGAAACGUGGGGAAACAAAGAAAAGGCUUAGAAUACAGGCCUCACUUAAUUGCCUUGUCCUAUUUCUUAAAUAAUAUAAUUAAUAAUGAUGAUAUAUCGCUUAUGCCUUUUUUUUUUGCAAUUUUCUCAACUUUUCGUUAAUACUUCUUUUUUCAAGGGUCUUCCUUUGCCCGGAAUGAUUGAACGGUGCCCUCCAGGUCUGGCAACAAUUCCCACCCUAAGUGGAAAUUGUUAACGCGCGUCAAGAUGCUGUUGUCGAAGGAUCAGUCUCUAAUUUGAUUCUUUUCUCCUGCACGUUGUAGAAUUACCAGUGGCAAUUACAUCGUUCACGAUCGCCAGUGAUUGGGGCUCCAUAGAGACCGAAGGACCACUUCACUGCGUUCUAGACGUGCAAGGAUUUCCAGCCCAGCCGUUUGGAUCUGGAACUUUUCAGAACGCCUUUAAGGCUACCUGCAUCGUACCUAAUAAAUUUUUAGAUUUGUCAGGAAGAUACGUGUUGAAACAACAAAAACUGGAAGGUCCUUUGACCACUGAAGCGGUCGAAGAUUUAUCAUCUGAGGACAUGGACCUAAUGGACGAGGAGAGCAGUAGGAAAUCUGCCAAGGUACUAUAGCCUGACAUGCUAUCUUUCAAUGAAUAGGUAUAUUACACGGACGACGAUGUCCACUGAAAGAAUAUUUUAAAGUCCAGUCCGGAACAUGGUUUGAUCAGUGAUUGAGUUUGGAACACGUUUAAAAUCAUCGCCGCCUUUUUAAUGAGAAGGCUUACAGUUUGGCACUCAGUUAACGUUCUAUUCUAUCUUUGUCAUAUUCAAUCCCCAGGCCUGUCAGAUUUCAGCUGUUGCUAAUGCCCUUUGCCAACACUACAAUUUGAAGUGCAGGCAGAUACCUGAUUACGGCGAAGAAAUAAGGUAACGAGCAAAUGUCUUUGUCAGGGGUUCAGACAGCUUCGGUAUAGGUUUGCAGAAAUGAAAUCUGUACAUAGAAAAGAUGCUUAGACGCAGUAGGGAUCAGAGAAUCCAGUGCUAGAAAGCACGCGAUAAGGAAUCGUGAAGGUGGUGGCGGGGCCUCUUCCCGAAGAGACAUUUCAGAGAUAUUAAAUCUUCAAAUAAUCGUGCCUUUUUUGAGAGUCCGGUUACAGCAGUAUGUACCUCCGAUGGCCAUAGAUCUGGCAUGGCUUAUGCCUAUUGUUUGGCUCGGACCCUUCAUUCAGUUUUUGUGAGUGUUGUGAAUUGUUUCUCUCUUUUUUUAGGAAGAACUAUCCUUAUUCUGGCGAGAUGAAUUAAAAUUUGUUCCAGUUUGUUUAUAAUUUUGCAAAUACGCAAUUUUAGGCUGUGUGUUGUGAAUACCCCUUUCAUAUUGUAUUAGGGUGUUACCAUCACUAUUUGUUAAGAUGACCGGACAGUUUCCUAGUUGUGGGAUUUUGGAACACGAGAUAGAAGGAACUUGGCAAAAAUUCCUAAACAAUGACGGACUGGAGAUGGGCGGUGAGGAGAACCAGUUCAAACUGAAGGCACUGGCGUUCGCACACUGGACUUUUAAUAAGUUUGAUGGCAGACUUCUCGACCUACAGGGUAAGUUGAAAUUUCCCCACUUUCAAGAGAACCAGUUCCAACACAGCAACUGAUUCACUUCUAAACAAUCGACAGAGGCCAAUUAAAGGAGACAGCUUUAAGCAGUUAAUCGAGUUUAGUAUAGUAUUUCGCGAGGAGUAAUCCAGUAGUACUAGUCAAAUUAGCCAAUGCUUGCCAUUUCGACCAUUUACUGAACAGAAAUGUGUGCUUGUUAGGAUAUCUCGCUUACCAUGUAAACACUUUUCAAACCUCUUUAGGAGCCGACUACACUUUGUCCGAUCUGGAGAUCGCUUCUACAGAUGAGAGGUUCGUAUGACUCAUAAAAUGAGACAGUAAUACCUUUGGUUACAGUAUUAGAGAGACUUCACUGAAAAAUUGCAAAAUGCUUCACCCCAAUGAAAUUAAGGGAAUACAAUAAUAUAUUAUUAAUUAACGUUCUACUGGCGGAGUAUUACAGAAAAGAGAAAAGUUCACAAUUAAGAAGAGAUACCCAAAAGCUAUCUCUUUAACUAUUUAUGUGCCUUUUAUUGGCGAGACCUGAAAAUUUUUAUUAGGCUGUGAGACUAGUAGAUGUCUAAGGUACACAGAGUUUAGAUGUUGUCGCUUUUUGUUGUUGUAAGCUCUUAUUACAAUAUCAUAUUGACGACUAUGGCUGUUACCCAUACAUACAUAUACAUGUGAAAAUGUCAAGGUCAGUGAUUUUUAAUAUCAGUUUACUGCAAAUAUAUUUCGUUGUAGGUUAUUCGGGAUUGGCAAUCUUUCCUGUACUGCGCUUGAGGGAUUCAAGUCAAGCCACCAAUGUAAUGUGUAUUGCAUUGCAUUGGAGUUGUCUGGUGAGUAUCUGCAUGCUUCUUUUUACACUGGAUCGAAUCUUCCCAUUGUUUAUUCUUAAGAGACGAACGGUCCAUGAAAUGCACUCAGAACUUAGACAAGUUAAAUAACUUACAUCUUUAAGAUUUUUUAAUUGUUUUCCAUAAUGAGGGGCAAAAAACAAAAAAAAAAAACUAUCAACUAGUCUUUCGAACUCCUUUCCCUUGACAGCUUUUGAUAGAUCAAGUAGAAAGGAAGAGAGCAAUGGCAGUCAGGAGCGGCCUUUAGAUCCGACAAGCCCCGAGGUAGGUGAGGAACUGAAACUAUUGACUUACAAAUUUCAGUCAAAUGUCAUAACUAAAUAGAAAUAACGUCCGAACAACGACCCUGAUCAAUCUAUUUCUUGGCGGUAGCCGGCGCAUAUGAAAGGGAGAGGGGAAGUACCACUAAACAUACUAGUUCCAAAAAAAGAGCGGGUACUUUUCAUGCCCAAAACCUUUGAACACACCCUCGUUCGUUGUCGGCCUCGCAUGCUGACGGAAAGACUUGACCAAAACCGAAGCCGCGCUUGAAAAGUCUAUUACAACCCGGCGGGCUUACAACUAGGGUAAUUUGAACUUGAAAGACAAGGAGAUGUCAUAUGUAAUGUUGUUUUUUCGAAAUAAAUGUUGUUUGUCACUAGAAUGAAAGUACAUGUGUAAUUUCAUAUUUUGUUUCUUUAUCUGUUAGGUUGUAACAUUUCACCCGCGGCACGCAAUAAAUACACAAAAUAAUGAAUAAAUGGAUCUUACAGGUGAGAACGUGUAUACUCCGGCGCUGAUCGUAUUACGAACGGGAUUUACUAGCUUCCGACAACUAUUUUCAACCACCACACUUCAAUAAUUAACAUAAAUAACUAAACUUGAUAUCAGGCACUUGGUUCAGAUUCCGCAUACCCCAAUUGCGAAGCGGGCCUCAAUCUGUGAAGAAAUUAAUUUAUCCCGGACCUCAAUCCACUAUAUUGUGUUAAAACUCGUUCUCGUUCCCAGUCACCUCUGUUCCUUUAGCUGGCGAAGCAGGGGCAACUCCGGCGAGCAAAGUAAAGAGUCUCGGGAUACACUAGAUUCGUGGCCUUACGUUGUAGGACUAAGGUGUCGGCAUAUCCAUCCAUGAACACUUUCAACUUGCUGGCCUUGCCAGCAAGUAACCUUGUUAUCUAAUUGUCUUUUGAAAGCUUCAUGACAUGACCUAUAUUUUAAUUGCAAUUGGAAAAUUGCUAGAAAGCAAGAAAACAAGAAUCCACUGGCGAGGAAACUGGAUGAAAAGCAAAAUGCAGUGAAAUGUUUAAUAGAUCAUUUAUACGAAAUAAAUUAUGACUGCUGUUUUCUUGUAUUCUUAGGUGUUUUUGCUAAGUUCAGGCGAAGAGGACGGCCUUCCUUCCCUUACGACAUUAAUGGCAUCGGCAAAGGAACGGGAAAGUCAAACUACCGGCAUACAGCAGCAUCUUCCAAACAACAAGUUGGACUGUGGGAUUUGUUUAAGCAAUAA